AUGCACGGGAUCAGCCGCCGUCUGCGUCUGCGUGCUGCGUUCUGCGACCGCAGCAAAGCGCAGGCCAUUUCAAGGUCGUCGUACAGCAGCACAUCCGAGAGAAGCCUACUACCCGGCGUCUUCUUUGUUCUGGCGGCACUGAAGGUGGUGAUGUCGUUGAAUGGCUCCAAGAGCCCCUCUUGGAACGAUCAGUUCAAGAGCACGAACCAGCGUGACUUCAAGGUUCAGCUUGUCAUCUCGGUCGUCUUCGGCUUGAGCGCAUUUCUCUCCUUCUGCGUGCUUCGACCAAAAUGGACCAGUCUAUAUCAUGCCCGAAAGAAGCAGUCGGGCGCUGCGUCACGAUUGCCCGAGCUGCCCAAGUCCAUGUUCGGAUGGAUCCCCGUCCUCUACAAGAUCUCGCGAGAGGAGGUGUUGGCCUCGGCAGGUCUCGAUGCGUACGCUUUCCUCGCCUUUUUCCGCUAUGCGAUCAAAUACCUGUCGGUCACGUUGUUCUUCUCCCUCACGAUCAUCCUACCGGUCAACUGGAAAUUCACCGGACAGCCUCCACUACUAUACCCCCCAGUUAAUGGGUCAGACCCUGACCUUGGAUUCAAUUUUUUGCUUGCCGACGAGCCGAAGAAGCCCAAAGGCCCUGCGAUCGAGAAGGACAACAGCUACCUGUGGAUGUACGUUGCUUUCGCAUACUUUUUCUCAUUCGUGGCGAUCUAUCUCCUCAUCGCCGAGACGGCAGACCUCAUUCGCAUCCGGCAGGCUUAUCUCGGAAGUCAGUCAACCAUUACCGAUCGCACCUUGCGUCUGUCGGGAAUCCCUGCGGAUGUGAGGUCAGAAGAAGCGAUAAAGAAUUUCAUUGAGGGGUUGGAGAUCGGAAAAGUUGACAGCGUGAUGCUGUGCCGGGAUUGGCAGACGCUAGACAGCCUCAUGUCAAAACACAUGGCAUGCUUGAGGAAGCUUGAAGAGGCGUGGGCUACUUACCAUGGCCAGAACCGCUCAUUCCGUCAGACUCGUGGCCGCCAACGACGAGUUGACCCGCUGGGAGACGAGCGAGAGAACGGCGUUCUUCUCUCGAGAUCCGAGAUGGAGGAGGCUCAUGCCACCGCUGCUGACCGGCCACGUCCUACCAUCAGUAUACGCUACGGACCCCUCAAUAUCUACAGCAAGAAAAUCGACGCGAUCGACUAUUAUGAGGAGAAACUGAGGAUGCUGAGCGAAAGAAUCAACGCCCUGAGGACCGCCGACUUCAAGCCGACAGCACUUGCCUUUGUCACAAUGGAAUCCACUGCAGCGUGUCAGAUGGCUGUCCAAGCCAUCCUCGACCCCAAACCAGGACAACUUCUUGCUAGCCUGGCGCCACCACCUGCGGAUGUCGUCUGGAAGAACACCUAUCUCUCUCGGAACAACCGAAUGUUGCGAUCCUGGAGUAUUAUGAUCCUCAUCGGCCUGUUGACUAUUUUCUGGGCAGCUGCGGUCGCCCCAUUGGCCGGUUUAUUGAGCAUCGAGGUAAUCGAUAAAGUACUCCCCGGACUCGCUGCUGCACUUGAAAAACACGAAAUCAUCCGGUCACUUGUACAAACAGGUUUACCAACGUUGUUGUUCUCGAUCUUGGCCUCGGCCGUCCCAUAUCUGUACGAUUGGCUCGCAAACCAGCAGGGCAUGGUUUCGCAAGGGGAUGUCGAGUUAUCCGUCAUCUCCAAGAACUUCUUCUUCACCUUCUUCAACCUGUUCAUCGUCUUCACGGUUUGGGGGUCGGCUUCCACAUUCUACGAAUUCUGGCAAGACCUGCGAGAUAUUCUCCGCGACACCGCCGGAAUCGCCUACGCUGUCGCCAAAGCGCUGGAACAACUAUCACCAUUCUACGUCAACCUCAUCGUUCUCCAAGGGUUAGGGCUGUUGCCUUUCAGACUCCUGGAAUUUGGGUCUGUGGCUCUCUAUCCAUUCUACCUCAUCACCGCAAAGACACCUCGGGACUACGCUGAGCUAGCCAAGCCCCCAGUCUUCAGUUACGGCUUCUAUCUCCCACAGACGAUGCUCAUCUUCAUCAUUUGUAUUGUCUAUAGCGUGCUUCCCUCGUCUUGGAUGGUCACGCUGUUCGGCUUGAUUUACUUUCUCAUUGGUGGCUUCAUCUACAAGUACCAGUUGCUUUACGCCAUGGCGCACCGCCAACAUUCUACUGGCCGAGCAUGGCCGAUGAUUUGCAACCGGAUUGUUACUGGCCUGAUCCUCUUCCAAGUCGCGAUGACCGGUAUUCUGGCACUGCGAGGCGCAUUGACAGCUUCCUUGUUUCUGUCCCCUUUGCUCGCCACCACCAUCUGGUUCACGGUGUAUUUUCAUCGGACUUAUGUCCCCCUGAUGAUAUUUAUUGCGCUUCGAAGCAUUGAUCGAGGGAACAUCCUCGACCUCCCGACACCUCCGGAAUCCACCUGGGACAGAGACACCGACUACGGGAGACACGUUGACACGGAUCCCGACACUGGCCUGCGAUACAUUAAUCCCAAUCUAGUGCGACCUCUCGAGACAUUAUGGAUAAGGCAGCCUGGCCACGGACACUCUCAGACUGGGUAG